AUGCACAGUCGAUAUAUAAUACACGUCAUGGUCGUACAAAUUCACGCGCGUAGGAGAUUAAUGCAGCAAUUGAUCCAGAAAUUGAAUAAUCUUUUAGGCAUAGAAGACAAAAUGAUGAAAAGCACGGUAAUAGCGACGUUGAAGCCGAUGAAGAUUCCCCUUAAGUUUUACUGGAUGGCCGGCAUGGUAUCCAUAAUUAUAUGGAGUGGCGUACCGUUUACGUUAGUCUUUCAAAGAGAUAUCUUUUUCUAUGUGGAUUACAGAAUGCCGAUUGCCUACACCAAAGAACCAUUCUCGACCAAUAUCUUUGUAUUUGGAAGUUUUAUUAUAAUGACCAGCAGCAUGUAUAUUUUUACAAAAAAAGUCAGCGUAGAUAGCUAUAUGAUAAAUCUGAUAUUGUUAAUAACGGCUCAAUAUAAAUACAUCGCUUUAAAACUCUCAAUGAUAUUUCACGAUGAAAUUUCGCAGUAUGAUCAUAAUUAUUCUAAUCAAAAGAAGCAUUAUUCUCAAACAAAUUAUGAUGCAGAAAAACAAAUGAAAUCUUUAUGUCAACAUCAUAACGCGGUUAUUUGCGUAACGUUAAUGUUAAGAAAACUGCUGUCUUUAAAUUUUAGUCUAAUAUAUGUUAUCAGUAUCCUUCGGUUUUGUGGCAUCGCUAUCAUGGUAAUUUCAAUACCAUCAACUACUUUAUUGGAAGGAUCUUUGAUCGUUAUGUACGCGUCUGGAGGAAUAGUGCAGCUCUAUAUAAUAUGUUCUUGUGUACAGAAGCUAUUAGAUGCGAGCGUUGAAAUAACAGAUCAAGCAUUUCAUAAGCAAUGGUAUCGAUUCGGAGCAUCUAUAAAGCGAACAUUUAUAUUUAUGAUAAUAGCUAAUAAUUUAGAACUUAAACUCUCAAAAUUUGAAAAAUACAAUUUGUCUCUGUCUUCUUUCAUGGCAAUCUUGAAUCAAUCAUAUUCAAUCGCACUUUUACUAUUAAGAACUAAUUGAAAAAUGGUGAGCUCUGUGUAAAUUUUAUGUAGUUACCAUUAAAUAAAUACUAUUUAAUAGAUACUUUUAUAUCACUAUUAUGUUUAUUAUAUGUAACGGCUAAUAAUUUGGAGCUUAAACUUUUGGUUUAAAAAAUACAAUCUGCUUUUGCCAUCAUGGUGAUUAAUAUAAAGUUCUUCUAUAUUGCGAUGCAACGUGUAUGAAACAGUAGCAAGUUUUAAGCACCCUCCGAGUUUUACAGUUCUGGCAAGGAUAGAGGGUCACAACUCCGCAGCAUAAGAUAAUCGCUACUUUGUACUGCGUUGAUAGUAAUUACAAGCAAGCAUAUAGUCGCGUUAAAACUUUAUUAUCUUCAAU